AUGAAUACAGCAUGCUCUAUAACCUUAUUUUUCUUUGUCAUUUGCUUCAUUUUCCCACUUUCUCAAGCACUAAACAAGGGUUUUAGCGUUGAACUCAUCCACCGCGAUUCUAUAAAAUCGCCACUCUACAAACCUGCUCAAAACAAAUAUCAAAAUAUUGUCAAUGCUGCACGUCGCUCCAUCGACCGUGUCAGUCGUUUCUAUGAGAAUUCCCUGAACACUUCACCGGAAUCAACUAUAGUCCCCGAUAAUGCUGAGUAUCUCAUGACGUAUUCCAUUGGUACUCCACCGUUUAAACUAUAUGGUAUAGCGGAUACCGGUAGUGACAUUGUUUGGCUUCAAUGCGAGCCUUGUGAACAAUGUUACAAUCAAACUACUCCCAAGUUUACGCCAGCAAAAUCAUCGACUUACAAAAACAUUCCUUGCUCGUCAAACCUAUGUCAAUCCGUGAGAGACUCCUCUUGCGAUGACAAAAAUAAUUGCGAGUAUUCUAUUUCUUACGGCGAUCGAUCACAUUCGCAAGGAGAUCUUAGUGUUGAUACUCUUACAUUAGAAUCCACCACUGGACAAUCGGUUCCAUUUCCUAAUACCGUGAUAGGAUGUGGAACCGAUAAUACAGUUUCGUUUCAAGGCGUAAGCUCGGGGAUAGUUGGUCUUGGAGGUGGACCAGUGUCUUUCAUAACACAAUUAGGAUCGUCAAUUGGUGGUAAAUUCUCUUAUUGUUUGCCACCUUCUUUACUUGUGUCAGAGACUCAGUCAAACUCAACUACGAAACUCAAUUUCGGAGAUGCUGCUAUUGUUUCUGGUGACGGUGUUGUGUCAACUCCUAUAGUAAAAAAGGACUCUCCGGUUUUCUACUAUCUUACCUUGGAAUCAUUUAGUGUCGAAAACAAGACAGUAGAAUUCGAAGGGUUAUCUACGAGUGCCAACGGCAAUGAGGGUAAUAUAAUAAUUGAUUCAGGCACAACAUUGACGCUUUUACCAUCUAAAAUUUACACCGACUUGGAAUCAGCUGUAGUCGAAUCGGUGAAACUAGAGCGAGUUGACGAUCCUAAUAAAAUAUUCAACCUUUGUUAUAGUCUCACAUCGGACAAAUAUGAUUUUCCUCUAAUCACCGCGCAUUUCGACGGGGCAGAUGUGAAGUUGCAUCCUAUUAGUACUUUUGUUCAAGUUGCUGAUGGCAUUGUUUGCUUUGCAUUUCAAUCAUCUCAAAUUGGUUCAAUUUUUGGAAACUUGGCUCAACAGAAUUUGUUGGUUGGUUAUGACCUUCAAGAGAAGACUGUGUCCUUUAAGGCUACUGAUUGUACCAAAGUCUAA